CAUUCGUAUUCAAAAUCUUGUUUAAUUUUUGUCUGGCUAAAUUUGUGUUACUUCGUACAAAUGGACCAUCUUAUUUCAACUGGAACCGUUUUCGUCCGUGGUAUGGUGCAAUCUCUGAUGUUAAUUUUUGAAAUGUCCCACCACAGCGAUGAUCAGCUCUUGCAGGCUGGAAGCGAUUCCUUCUGGGAGCCCGGCAACUACAAACGCACCACCAAGCGCAUCGAGGAUGGCUACAAACUCUGCAAUGACCUACAGCAACUGAUUCAGGAGCGAGCGGACAUCGAGAAGGGAUAUGCAAAAAGUUUGCGCGCCUGGUCAAAGAAAUGGGGUGACUUCAUUGAGAAAGGGCCGGAAUACGGCACCACCGAGGCGGCCUGGAAGGGUGUGCUGACGGAGUCGGAGCGCGUCUGCGAUGUGCACAUGAAGAUCAAGGACAGCCUGUGCAACGAUGUCAACAGCCAGAUCAAGACGUGGCAGAAGGAGAACUACCAUCACACGCUCAUGCAGAUCAAGGAGCGCAAGGAUAUGGACGAUAUGUUCAAGAAGGCCCAAAAGCCGUGGGCCAAGCUGCUGGCCAAGGUCGAGAAGGCCAAGGCCGACUACCACUCGGCCUGCAAGACAGAACGCAGUGCAACCAAUCAAGAGCGCAAUGCCAAUGCCGACAGUUCGCUGUCCCCCGAUCAGGUGAAGAAAAUGCACGAUCGCGUGCAAAAGACCAAAGAUCAAGUGCAAAAGUGCCGCGAGAAGUACGAGCAAGCCAUUUCCGAAAUCACCAAAUACAAUUCGGUUUACAUUGAGGACAUGACAUCUGUGUAUGAAAAGUGCCAAACCAUGGAGAAGACGCGGCUGCAGUUCUUCAAGGACAUAAUGUUCAAUGUGCACUCGAGUCUGGACCUCACCAAAGUGCAAAGCCUGCCCCAAAUCUAUGACGAAUUCUAUCAUACGAUCAACAAUGCGGACCAGCAAAAGGAUCUGAAGUGGUGGUCAAACAAUCAUGGUAUUAACAUGGCCAUGAAUUGGCCAAUAUUUGUGGAAUACACGGAGGAAUUCCGCGACAUUGCCAAGGGCAACAAAUCAAAAGAGGCACUCCCGGCGGCACCCAUAACGCUCAUCAAUCAGCGACCUGUUGCCGAAGAGGGCAUCCACGAAUACCACUCCACAAAUAGUCUCAAGAAGAGCAACAGCGCCGGUGGCAGCGCCAGCAGCAGAGCGAGCGGCAAGAGCGAACAAGCGGCAACGCCAUCAUCUGCCACAACAACUGAAGCCAGAACGUCAGCAGCGCCAGCAGCCGCCGGCUCGACGACAGCGGCAUCAGCAGCCACGGUAACAGCAGCGGCGUCAACGGGAGCGGCAGCGGCAGCGGUAGCACCGAAUCGCAAUCCGAGCGUAACCAAUGGCAACGGCAAAGUCGACUCCAACCCAUUCGACGAGGAGGAGGAGUGGGAUGAGGCCGACAACGUGCUGGUCGACAACGGUGAGCCGGGCGUGCCAGUCAAAGCGCUGUACGAUUACGAGGGCGCUGAAAGUGAUGAGCUCACAUUCAAACAAGGUGAUGUUUUUGAAAAGCUCGAAGAUGAGGACGAGCAGGGCUGGUGCAAGGGACGCAUGAAUGGGCGCGUUGGCUUAUAUCCGGCCAACUAUGUGGAACUCUGUUCCGCGUAAGCGGAGAACACUGGCAGCGAAGUCGUUAAACAGAUAUAUGAAAUGCAUAUACUUACGUAUAUAAACAUAGAAAUAAACUGAGGUUGGAGGCGCAUUUGCGGAAUGAUGCGUAUACAGUAAAACAGUCGUUGAUGAAAAUAUUACCAUACAUAUGUAUUAGACUUUGUUACGAGCAAUCGGCUCACACUUACUCGUAUAGUGUGGGGCAUUUAAGGUACGGCGGCAUUAGGCAUUGAAUCUUCUUACAAGCAAUGGCUUUCCUUUCCUACCAAUCAAGAAACCAACCAACCUACCAAUUAAAUAACUCACCAACUGUAGCAAUGCGACAGACAGCAGCCCGAUGCAACUUCGAGCAGAAUAACUUAGCUAAAACGUCGUCAUAUGAAGGAACAACAAUAAGUGUAAGCGUCAACCAUAUGAAACGACAUUACGAACUAAAUGUAUUAUGUAGUUUAUGCUAUGUAUAACAAACUGAAACUGAAAUUA